UCAUUCGGAAUCCAAAUUGCAUUGGUGUUGUGUUUGUAGUACUGGAAAGUUAACCGCUCUGAUGUUCAGCUGCUAGACGAGGCAGCUGUGAGGUGGUAGUGUUGAGAACGCCAUGUAAAUCUUCGAAGCAUAUUUAGCUCACGAACUCAAUUAUAAUUUACUCAAUAUAUUUAUUUUGAUGAUUCAUUGAGCUGUACAAUGACUAUAAUAGUAUUUCUGAUAGAUACGUCAGCUUCAAUGAAUCAAAGGGCUUAUUUAGGUGGACGCCCAACACUACUUGACGUAGCCAAGGGCGCAGUAGAAACAUUUGUCAAGGUAAGGCAGAGAUCCCCAGAAAGUAGAGGAGACAGAUAUAUGUUGAUGACUUUUGAAGAUCCGCCGUCAAAUAUCAAGGCUGGCUGGAAGGAAAAUCUGGCAACAUUUAUGAAUGAGCUGAAAAACCUGCAGUGCUUUGGAAUGACAACGAUGGGCGCUGCUUUGAAGCACACAUUCGACUUGUUGAACAUGAAUCGAAUGCAAACUGGUAUCGAUACUUAUGGACAGGGCAGGUGUCCAUUCUACCUGGAGCCGUCUGUUAUCGUUGUUAUUACUGAUGGAGGUAAACUCUCAAAUGCUAGCGGUGUUCAGGAAGAUUUCAACCUGCCAAUGCACGCGCCGAUUCCCGGGUCUGAGAUGACCCGCGAGCCGUUCCGGUGGGACCAGCGCCUGUUCUCGCUCGUGCUGCGUCUGUCGGGCACGCCGGCCGUCGACCGGGACUCGGGCCUCGGCCUCGUGCCAAGCGACUCGUCGCCAAUCGACGCCAUGUGUGAAGUCACCGGAGGACGUUCAUACUCGAUAACAUCGCAUAGGAUGCUGAUGCAGUGCAUAGACAGCUUGGUGCAGAAAGUUCAAAGUGGAGUAGUUAUUAAUUUUGAAAAACGGGGACCUGAUCCGCCUCCAAUCACCACUGAUGGCAAAGAUAAUCAAGACUAUGGUGUAGACAGUGAGUCUGAAAUGGAUUGCAGAGAUUGGGAUAAAGAAAUAAUAAAUCCAAGUAACCAGAAUGAAAUGCCUAUGAAGCUUUUCUCCAAUCAGAAUGGGGCUCGACCAAAUAGCAAUGGAACAAGCACACCAGUGGGCUCUGGGCCCACGUUGAACAAUACGGCCUGGCACAGCUGUCGUCGAUUGAUCUAUGUUCCUAGAUCUGCUCAAAAAGGCUUUGCCGUGGGAUUCUGGCCUAUCCCCGAAUCAUUUUGGCCUGACCUUACUGCCUCUUCUCUGCCUCCUCGUUCAGCUCAUCCAAAUGUAAAAUUUACUUGCACAAGUCAAGAACCGAUGGUGAUUGAAAAUUUGCCUUUUGAUAAAUAUGAAUUGGAACCAAGUCCUUUAACUCAAUUUAUACUUGCAAGAAAACAACCAACUGUCUGUUGGCAGGUUUUUGUACCAAACAGCUUUAAAAACUCUGAAGUCGGACAUCCGUUUGGAUAUCUGAAAGCCAGUACAAAUCUCACAUGUGUAAACUUGUUCGUGAUGCCUUAUAACUAUCCUGUACUUCUUCCUUUACUUGAUGAAUUAUUCAAAGUGCAUAGACAAAAGUUCACCCAAGAAUGGCGAACACAAUUCUCUAAUUAUUUAAGAACCAUGCCUGCAUAUUAUGCUGCGCCUUUAAGAAGAGCUUUACAAAGGAUGGGUUUGUCCAUGGCGUUGGCCCAGCAACUUAUUCCAGAAAACCAUGACAAUUGCCUUAAUUACAGUGUUUUAAACUAUCUGAAGAGGUUAAAAAACCAGGCUAAAAUGGAAUAUGACCGGGUUUGCAGCGAAGUAGGAAGUAAACAAAUAACCGUAAAUAAAUCGAAUUCUUCAUCAUCUUCUGCAAAUGAAGGUGUAAGAGUUAUGAAUAGAAACCCAUUAAAAAAAGAACUCGUCUCUCAUCCUCUACUACAAGAUAAGUUUACUGCGCUACGUGACCAGUUGAAUGAAUUCAACGGAUUUAUUGUUGGAGUGGUGAGGAAUCGUAACCAGCAAUAUCGACCCGGAGGGCAAAGUUUUCGAAAUCCUUUUGAUAUUCCUCGACGAAAUUUACUUGAUCAAGUACUUAGGAUGCGUGCCAAUUUUCUCCAACCUGCCUUAUCUCAUACAAAACUUGUAGAUGAUGAUAAUCUACAUAGUAUGCCAGUUAGUCAAAUGGGAAAUUAUCAGGAAUAUCUAAAGAAAAUGCAACCGUCUCUAAGAGAAGUCGAAUCCACACCAGUGCGUCAACAUAUGUUUGGAAAUCCAUUCAAAAUAGAUAAGAGAAUGAUGGUUGACGAAGCUGACAUAGAUCUGGUGGGAGGCAGUUCCCCGCACCGGACGGGCACAAAAAGAAAUGCAGGGGAUGCGAUUUCGUCGCCGCGACCGACCAGCAAGAGAAAACCGGGUCCGAUACCGAAAGAUGUGCUGGUGCGGAGGCCGUGUCCGAGCCCCUCCCCUCCCCCGUCGCCUGCCUCGCCCCCGCCGCCUGCUUCUCCCCCCACACCUCCGCCCCCUCCGGCGCUGGUGCCAGCUGUUGUCGAUAGCCAGCUAGAUGGUAGCCCCGCCUCCGUCUCCGCACCUACGAUACCGGACAGUCCCCGCUCGCCGUCCCCUCCCCUGUCCCGUGGCGACAUGCCGCCUCCCGUACUGCAGCCGUACGACGGCCUUCCCGCUGCCGCCCCCGCGGCGGAGGUGUUGUCGCCUCCUCCGCUCACCCCUAUCACCUCCCAGCAACCCCCGCCCCCUCCCACCAUUCCCACCCUCACCCCCAUCUACGACGAGCCUGUCCAGUGGAACAAUGUUUCAAACCAUCUAGAAGAAAGUAGCGCGGCGCCGCAAUCCAACCAUGUGUCCUUGUCGGCCAUCAUCAAUAAUAUCUCCACUGUCAACGACAUAUCUAGGCGAGAACUAAUAGACAUAAGGAACCAUAAUCUUAGCCUUAAAAAACUCGCUUACAAAGAAGUAAGGAGGCCAGGCAAAAAUUACGCGCCUUUACUUAAACAUUUGGAAAAUAUCAAAGGAAAUACUGAGGAUCGUGUCUCUUUCCUUAAAGAUAUUAUUAAUGAAUGUUUGCGUUUCAAACGCACAAAAAUGGCAAAUAAGGUGGAAGAGGUUCUUCAAAAUGUGAUGUCAACACAAAUGUUUCGCACGGCAAACAAUGGGACCACCUAGAAUCAACAUUCAAUGUUUCGUUUGAUUUUACUUUAUUCUCAUUCAAUGAUAUUAUGCGCUUAAAACUUGAAGUUUUAUGUAGAGAGCUAGGGACUGUACAGCGAUUAACUGACUCUUACAUAUUUGUAAAUAAUGUAGAUAUGUACAACUGAAUAGUAUUAAACAAUUUAUAGACUUUUACAUGAACAUGGAAUAAAUUCUAUUCUAAUACAUGCCUUGAAACAUGUUUUUUGGAAACAUACAAAACUUUAUCAAAGAAUUUCUAGUUUUCUUUAUUGAUGGAAACGAAUGGCUGAUGAUGUUGUUACUGUUUUUCAUCUGAGCGGAUCGCAUUGUUCUUUUCAUGUUUUAUCACGUCUUUUUCAUGCCAAAGUAGUGCUUUUUCCAAUUCGGUAGAAUAUUUCACUUCAUUCGAAACUUGUUUGUAGGAAUAAAAAUUGACGCUUAUUUUAAUGAAAUCUUCAGCAAUUCUUGUAAACUUUUCAAAAAUGUUUUUAUUAAUAAAAAAUAUUUUCAAUCAACAACAAAUCAAUUCCUAGUUUUAACUGAUGUUCAUCAAUGUCUCAUUUUCUUAGUCCCCUCCAAUUUGUUACUUGAACAUGUUUUUAUAUAUUUGGUUAAUAAACUGGGUAUUCACUAUUCAA